CGGUUGAUUCUAUCAAGUUUUUCUGGGUUUCUUUAAUUAUCUCCAACUUUUUAUUUCUUAAGCAUUUUGCUUUAUUAUAGUUACGUUACUCGUAGCAACAUGAUCGAGCAACUUCCCUCUAUUCUUGAUGCCUCUGCGGAUCCACCUAUUCUCUUUGAUGGAACCACAAGGUUGUAUGUAUCCUACACAUGUCCAUUUGCCCAAAGAACUUGGAUCACAAGGAACUACAAGGGUUUGCAAGAUAAGAUAAAAUUGGUCCCAAUUGACCUCCAAAAUAGGCCAAAUUGGUACAAGGAGAAGUUGUACCCUGAAAACAAGGUGCCUGCUUUGGAGCAUAAUAAUGAAGUUAAAGGGGAGAGUUUGGAUUUGAUCCAUUAUAUUGAUGAAAAUUUUGAAGGCCCAAAAUUGCUUCCUGAAGAUCCCACAAAGCAAGAGUUUGCCACCGAGCUGUUGAGUUACAGUGACACUUUAAAUAAAGUUAACUUCUUUGCAAUUAAAUCUAAAGGGGAUGCAUGUUAUGAAGUUGGUGCUGCUUACGAUAAGUUGGAAGAAGCUCUUGCUAAGUUUGAUGGACCAUUUUUCCUCGGCGAAUUUAGUCUGGUGGAUAUUGCGUAUGCGCCAUUUGUUGUCGAAAGGUUCAAGCCUUUGUUUUCAGAGGUAAAGAAUUAUGACGUCACCAAAGGCAGGCCAAAGCUGACCAAAUGGAUUGAGGAGUUGAACAAGAUUGAUGCUUAUACAGCAACUAAGCAUGAUCCGACAGAGUUACUUGGUGGCAUUAAGAAACGAUUGGGAUUGAAUGAAGGUCCUCAAUGCCCCUUGCAGAAAUCGCGCAUUUGAGUUGACAUCCUGUGUUCUGAUGAGGUUCACGUUGUUCUUCUGCUUUAUGAUGUACAAUAAAUAAAGUGUAAGGUUUGAGGGGUAUGUUUGUGUAUAGUAUAACAAAAAGGUAUUAUGCCAUUAGAGAUGGAUGGUGUUUUUUGUUUUGUGUACUCCGAGCACUGGUAUAUGUUUAGACUAAUAAAGGU